UAGUUAAUCAAUUAAGUAAUCAAUUAGCAUUUUCAACAGGUAGUGCUUGUCAUGAAGAUAAUCAACAUCAAUCUAUAUCAACAACACUUCAAGCUAUUGGUCUUUCAUAUAAAUUAUCAACAAGUACAAUUCGAUUAAGUACAAGUUAUAUGACAACUGAUGAUGAAAUUGAUCAAGCGAUUAUUCUUAUUACAGAUGCUGUUAAACAACAACUUUCUUCUUUGACUAAUGAACAUAAAUAUGAUUAA